AUGGCGGAGGAAAAGGACGCCACGUCGGUGCCCCUGAGCCAAGGCGCUCGCGAGGAAGAAGAAGAAGAAGAAUGGCGAGAUCCGGAAGACCCUUUAAAAUCUCCUCAAAAUCCUCCAGAUUCUUCUUCCACCCGUAGCGCUUGCUGUUUUGUUCUUCAAAGCUGGGUUUCAAAAAAGUUUAUGACUGGAUGCGUUGUCCUAUUUCCAAUUGCUGUAACAUUCUUUGUGACCUGGUGGUUCAUUCAAUUUGUUGAUGGUUUCUUCAGUCCUUUAUAUGCUCAGUUGGGCAUAGACAUAUUCGGACUUGGAUUUGUGACAUCAUUAGUUUUCGUAUUCCUUGUCGGUGUAUUUGUUUCAUCAUGGUUGGGAGCGACAGUUUUUUGGAUUGGAGAAUGGUUUAUAAAGCGAAUGCCAUUUGUUAAGCAUCUAUAUUCAGCAUCCAAGCAAAUUAGUUCCGCAAUCUCCCCUGAUCAAAAUAAUACUGCAUUUAAGGAAGUGGCAAUCAUACAGCACCCACGUGUCGGUGAAUAUGCAUUCGGCUUUAUCACUUCAUCAGUUGUCCUUCAGAGAGACGAUGGAGAUGAAGAACUAUGCAGUGUUUUUGUUCCGACAAAUCAUUUGUAUAUUGGCGAUAUAUUCCUUGUUAAUUCAAAGGAUAUCAUACGACCCAAUCUGUCCAUCCGUGAAGGGAUAGAAAUCAUCGUUUCUGGAGGUAUGACAAUGCCGCAAAAGAUCACGCCAAUUUCCCCAAUCGAAAGAGUUGUUGCUCGACAAGGCGAAAGGAUUCCCCUAAGUAGACUCGUCUGA